AUGCCUCUCUCGUGGGACCCUAGACGAAUGUGGCCAGACAAUCCUUCGGUAGCCGGUACUUCCAAAGACAUACCCAAUGAGGAGAUUGUCACCGACUCCUCCCUUAAGCCUGUCCCCACUGCAUUUGCUGGAUGCGCCGGAGAGUCAACUCGCCAAAGGAGCAAGCAAGCCGAUCAGUAA